AUGGUAUAUUCCUCGGAGAAUGUGACGAGGUCGGCCUCGGAUGACUCCCUACACAGUUCCGGGGUCAAGAUCGACGGUGAAAAAUUAUCGUCGAAGAGUGGGAUCUUGGAACCUGUGAUUCGGUUCUUGAAAAAAGAGCCGGAACUCUCGUUGUUAUGUGGUGGUAUUGCAGGCGCACUUUCUAGAACAUCGGUGUCUCCUAUAGAACGUGUCAAAGUUUUAUAUCAGAUCCAGGGAUCUACCAAGUCGUAUACGAGAGGUACCCUUUCCACAGUAUUCCAGAUCUGGAAGGAAGAAGGCUACAAAGGACUAUUCAGGGGAAACGGUAUUAAUUGUAUUCGAAUAUUUCCCUAUUCGGCAAUUCAAUACAGUGUGUAUAUGCAAUUAAAGGACUGGAUUGGUAGAAAAAAUGGAGGACAAUUUGGAGACAGUUCAAUAUCAGUCGCUGAUAAGCUUUUUGCAGGAAGUAUAGCAGGGUUAGUCUCGGUAUUGGUCACCUAUCCAAUGGAUCUUGUGAAGACAAGGUUGUCGAUUCAAACUGCGAAGUCUUUGAAGAACCUCAAUGAAGAUUUACUACCUUCAAAGCCCAUACUAGGUAUGUGGGGGUCUUUGAAAGACAUUUACAAGAACGAGGGUAGAUUCCGGGCUUUAUACAGAGGUAUCAUACCAACUUCCCUGGGUGUGGCGCCUUAUGUGGCACUCAAUUUUACUAUAUAUGAGAGCAUGAAGGACGCUGUGGGUAUCGAUUAUAGAGAUAACCCAGUAUUAAUCCUUACAUUUGGAGCUCUCAGUGGAGGUAUAGCUCAGACAAUAGUUUAUCCAUUCGACAUUCUUCGCAGAAGAUUUCAGGUCGCAACACUUCAAGGAGGUAAGAUGGGAUUCCAAUACACAUCAAUAUGGCAUGCUAUAACCAGUAUUGUGGCCAAAGAAGGCUACCUAGGAUUGUAUAAGGGAUGGCAAGCCAAUUUGUGGAAGAUCAUGCCUAGUAUGGCUGUUCAAUGGGCCAGCUAUGACUUGAUCAAGAAGUUUAUUGUAGGUAUGUGA